CCCCCAGUUUCUUGUUUCAUCGUGCCACGUUGCCUGGAUAUCAGCUUAUCAACAGACUGAAUUUCUACCACCAUCAUCGCAUGAAGAGACCUUGUAAGAAAACUGCAUUGAAUAUGAGUACCAGCUUUUAAAAAGGGGGAGAUUAUAAGACAGGGUUGAACUCAAUGAAAUUUCAUGCUAUGAUUUGUUGUUCCUUGGAGGUACAAGAUAAAGAAUGGGAGAAAAACAGAGAAGACAACAAAAGCUUUCGAAUGUUCCCCGGAUUCCUUGCAUUCGGGUCCCUUCCUCUGCCUGCAACACUUCCUUAAUGAAGGACCUAACCCAAGGGCAGCAGCGCUACUUUUACAGCAUCAUGAGGAUUUAUAAUUCCAGGCCCCAGUGGGAGGCUCUGCAGAACCGCUAUAUUCACAGCCUUCAGCACCAGCAGCUGCUUGGCUACAUUACUCAGCAAGAAGCUUUGGCUUGUGCCACUGUACUUAGAGAUUCAACAAAGAGAGCCUCAGCUAAGGUAGCUCCUCAAAGAUCCAUCCCCCGGAAGCCUUCAGCCAUGACAAGAACACGGCUGUCAGCACUACCUAUGUCUGUGGUUCGACCCAGGGCUCAAAGUGCAGAGCUUGGAUCCCUCAGGAAUUGAGGCUUUGCAAAGCUCUGAAACAGGUGCUUUGCCCAUGUACCCCAAAAUCUAGUGGGUGCUUAGUACAUAUCCGUUGAAUGAAAAAAAAAAAAAAACCUUCUAACACACACCUAUACCUAGAAAUAAUCUCUCUUCCACUUACAUAAAUUUUACCAGCAGGAACAAAUUGAGAGGUUUAAGAGCAAUGAAACUAACUGUAAACAAGCCUUUCACUCCAUGUAUAACCUGUAGAGUGAAAUGACUUUUGAAGCUUUCAAAGUAAAUGCUUCCUUUUAUUUAGAACCUUUUAGAGAAGUCCCAAGAACAGUGAGAGGGGAAAAGUCAUCAGAGGGUGCCAGGUUUUGAAAAUACACAAACCAAUACCAAGUUCAACACUGAGCACACAGGGUUUCCAGAUUCAUAUUAUCUCAGCAGCAACUGCUGUGCAUUGGCAUGUCCUCUUUCCUCUCUUCUUGCCCAUCAAGCAAUAGCAUUUAACUUGGCCCCAAAUCUUCUGGUUCUUGCCUGACUCAAUCCCUCUGUGUCAUCUUGAAACUUGGACUUAUCAACUUGCCGCAGCUGGGUUCAUUUUACCAGCUAUAGUUGACCUUAACCCAGGCAAGAGAAUUCAUGCACACAUCAUCUCCUGGCAACUGAAGAUACACUCUCAGCAGAACAAGAAAUAACCCUUAAGGAACUAGUCUCAAGUCUAACCUUGCCAUGGCCUCAUUGGUUUUAACCACACACACAAUUUUAGACAAAUAAGCAAAAAAAAUGAGAUAAUGAAUCAAAACAACAUAUAAUGGUAUAGUGUCAUAUUAGUUAUAUAUUUAACAGUUAUUUUCAUCACCAAUGAUUUUUUUUUGCAUGUGGAAAGUUAGUCACCAGUGUUCACAUAAAGUCAAAAUUUUUUUAAGUCAAAAUUUUUAUAUGUCUUUUCUUCCUCUUUAUUCUAUAUGUUCAGUCCCCUUCCUUCAUUUAAAUCAGCCAAUGAUUUUGUCAUGCCCAUAAAAGGAGUUGCUUGAGAUGGAAUUAGAGACUUGCUUGACAAGGGAUGUGCUACAUAGAACUGGAAGGAAGAUGCUAUACCAUUACAAGAAGAAAAAAAAAAUCUCAUUGAUGAUG